AUGAAGAGGUGUGAAGACAACAAUCUGGUUCUUAAUUCAGAGAAGUGUCACUUUAUGGUGAAUGAUGGAUUUGUCGUUGGCCACAAAAUCUUUGAAAAGGGAAUCGAGGUAGAUCAGGACAAAAUUGAUGAGAUUUCAAAUCUUCCCCCACCUAUCUCAGUGAAAGGAGUUCGAAGUUUCUUGGGGCACACCGGGUUCUAUCGCAGUACGAUACUUAAUGGAGAAGAAAGAUCUAUUCUCUUGCUGCAAGAGUUUGACUUUGAGGUGAAGGAUCAAAAAGGGUCAGAAAACCAAGUUGCUGACCAUUUAUCGAGACUUGAGGAAGCUAGUAGACCGGUAGGCGAACUAGAAAUUAAUGAUGCAUUGCCAGAUGAAAGGCUUCUUGCUGUGUCAUGUGAUAUAACACCAUGGUAUGCUGGCAUAGCGAAUUAUUUGGUGAUCGGCCUGAUUCCUGACGAUAUCAGAGCAUACUAG